AUGUUUUAUAUUUUACGUUCUUUUAAAGUAAGUAAUUGCAAAUAUAUUUUUAGAAAAAUAAUCACAAUGAAUACGAGCAUAAAACGUCAAAAGGAAACGUUUCUCAAUCCUGGUAACGGAAUAUUUUUAGAAGAAACUUAUAAUUCGUGGUUAAGAGACCCUCAGUCUGUUGAAAAAUCCUGGGACAAUUAUUUCCGAUCUAAUAAUUUUUCAGGCCAAAAGCCCUUAGAUAUUGAUGCAACGAUUCGCGCUUAUCAGGCGAGAGGACAUUUAAUAGCAGACAUAGAUCCGCUGGGGAUCCAGAACCCUGAAGUGGCCAAGCUCCAAGGAACUCCAGAUCCCGCGCCAGCAGUAGUGGUCCGAAGACACCUGGAAGGCGUCACUGAGGCUGACUUGGAGAAGAAAUACACGCUCCCAAGCUCCCUGACGGUGAUUGGCGGCACGGAAAAAUCUCUGAAACUCAGGGAAAUCCUCACCAGGCUCAACAAAAUUUACUGCGGACAUCUAGGACUCGAGUACACGUACAUCCCAGAUUUUGAAGUGUUGGACUGGUUAAGACACAAAUUUGAAGUACCAGGUGCAUGGGAGCUCUCAGGAGAUCAUCGUAAAUAUAUUUGGCAGAACGUAAUGCGAGCAGUAACAUUUGAAAGUUUUUUAGCUAAAAAAUAUGGAGCCGAAAAGCGAUUCGGGUUGGAGGGAUGCGAGUCAUUUGUUCCGGCGAUUGUCCAGUGUUUCGAGAGCUCUGCAGAACAUGGAGUCGAGGCAGCUGUCAUUGGAAUGGCCCAUCGAGGGAGGCUCAACACCCUGGUCAACAUUUGCUCUAAGCCGAUGCACCAGCUCUUUGUCCAGUUCAAUCCGAUUCCGAUGGAGGGUCUAGGCUCUGGAGAUGUAAAGUAUCAUUUGGGAACUCACUCUGAAAGACUUCUUGAGAGAAGCGGAAAAAAAAUUCGUGUUGCUGUACUAGGUAACCCUUCGCAUCUGGAAGCAGUUUCUCCGUUGGUUGUAGGUCGAGUUAGAGCCGAGCAGGUGGUCCACCAGGAUUUCGAGGGAAAAAAGUCAAUGGCAGUUUUAGUUCACGGAGAUGCGGCUUUUGCGGGCCAAGGAAUUUGUUAUGAAACAAUGCACUUGACUAAUUUGCCUGAUUACACCACUGGAGGAGUUAUUCAUGCUGUUAUUAACAACCAAAUUGGCUUUACGACAGAUCCGCGGUACUCUCGCUCAAGUACGCAUUGUACUGACGUCGCACGUGUCGUAAAUGCUCCGAUUUUCCACGUCCACGCAGACGAUCCUGAUUUGGUGGCUUACUGCAGUAAAGUCGCCGCCGAGUAUCGAACGAUUUAUCACAAUGAUGUUGUACUUGACAUUGUCGGGUACCGCCGGAACGGUCACAAUGAAAUGGACGAGCCGAUGUUAACCCAGCCAUUAAUGUACAAGUGCAUUAAAUCCCAUCCUAAUGUUCUGAAAAUUUAUUCCGAUAAAUUAUUAAAGGAGGGAAUUAUCGACGAAGAUUUUAUCAAAAAAGAAACGAAUGAAUAUCUAGAGCACUGUGAAUCAGAGUUCAAAAAAGCGCAAACGAUAAGCGCCAUGCAGAUGUCAGACUGGCAUGACGUGCCGUGGAGCGAAUUUUUCGCUAACCAAAACCCGAUGAAGAAAAUUCCACCGACAGGAAUCAGCACUGCUGACAUAAAGAAAAUAGUUACUGCUUUUUCAACUAGCCCAGAAGGCAUCGAACCACACGCCCAGGUGUUUCGGGUUUUAGAGAGAAGAAAGAAGUUGAUUGACCAGGAAAGGUUCGACUGGGCGAUGGGAGAAGCCCUGGCUAUCGCCAGCUUACUAAAAGAAGGCUGCCAUGUGAGAUUGUCCGGUCAAGACGUCGAACGCGGGACUUUUUCUCACCGGAUUCACAUUAUUCAUGACCAGAGCCGAGACAAGACUUGGAAAAAUAUUCUACAUGAUAUUUUCCCGAAUCAGGCUCUUUAUACCGUUACCAAUUCACCGUUAUCGGAGUUUGGAGUCUUAGGCUUUGAAUUGGGCUAUUCAGCUUAUGAUCACAAUACAUUGACUCUCUGGGAAGCGCAAUUUGGCGAUUUUGCGAAUAAUUGUCAAGUAAAUUUUUUAAAGAGUUUAUAA